AUGUGGCACCUCAUCAACAAAGUAGUGAAGAAGAAAGUGCCAUCCACCACAGCCCUGCUCAGUAUGCACAGGACCUCAUCAAUAAGUGGUCAGCGCAGUCCCGUGACUACUGCCUACCGCGCACUCCGUCUCCAAGUUGCCUUACUGAGUACUGAUGAGGAGGAUGCCGUAGCUAUAUCUGAGGACGAGCUGCGACGGGCACUUGCCAGGGGCUGGGCAACAUCUCCGGGUGAUGACGGUAUCACUUAUGCAGUUCUCCGUGCACUUCGAGACGUCCCGGGCAAUCCCCUCCUCCAGCUGUACAACAUCUGCUUCCGCCUGGGGCACGUCCCACAAGCUUGGACUCACAAUACAAUUGUGCCCAUCCCCAAGCCUGGCACCGAUAAAUUCCGCCCAAUAUCUCUCACCUCCUGUUUCUGCAAGGUUCUUGAACGCAUUCUUCUCUCUCGCCUCCUGUUCCGACUACAACACAAGCUCUCAGCCAGACUGUACGGUUUCCUGCCCCAGCGAGGAACGCACCACUGCCUUAUGAAGCUCUACACUCGUCUCUCUCCAGCCAGUGUUGUCUCCUUCAUCGAUCUGAAGAGUGCAUUUGAUGUUGCCAAUAGAGAUAUCAUACUCGAUCAGCUCGUUGAUUUUGGCGUCAAAGGCAACCUUCUAAGAUGGAUACGUGCUUAUCUACGAGACAGAACAUCUUGUGUCUUGUUUAAGGGAGUGCUGAGCACCACUAAGAACUUUGAGCUCGGUACUCCGCAAGGUGGAGUACUUAGUCCCUCCUUAUUCAAUAUUCUCAUGCAUCGCCUUCUCUCUCUCCUUCCUGACGUCACUGACACAACCAUAACUUGUUAUGCAGACGAUAUAUGUAUCCACUCAAAUUCUCCAGAUGACAUGCAACGUUUCCUUCAGUCCUUCUAUGUGUCAGCUUCCUCAUGUGGUCUCAUCAUCUCACCAGAAAAAAGCAGGACUUUCUCCCCACGUCCAGCGAGAAAUCUGCCUGAAUUCACCGUAGGGAACAAUGUUAUACCUCUGUGCACCCAAUAUCUCUACUUGGGAGCGCCUGUGCGGAUUACUCCUGCUAUCCCAGCAAGACAACGUGUUCAUCCCAUUGUUCAAGAUCUCCUGGCUCGGUUGCAGCGGCGUCUCGCUCCUCUCAAGUGGUUGACUAACUAUGCUGCCAGACUUUCCAUCCCUGUCGCCAGAACCUUCUACAUUGCUUUCAUCCGUUCAGUGAUAGACUACCUCUCCCCUUCCCUAUGUCAGCUCUCCAGAACAACGUUGCAGCCUCUUGAAAAAUUUCAAAACCAAGCAAUGAGACUCAUCUUGGGGUGUCCUGCCUCCACCAGGAUUGUCAAUAUGGAACACGAACUUCGUCUCCCCCCACUUGUAGACAGAAUAUUUUCUAAUGUCACUUACUUCAGCAUCAAAUGCCUUCAGUACCCUCACCUUUCUCCUCAUUACGCUCACACUAUCAGGGCGUCCCUGGACCCAGCUGCACCUCGUCCUCUGCUCCGCCCAGGUGGACGUACGCUUGUCAGUAGCGUAUGUUCUCACAUUCGGAGACUUAACAUCAAUGUCAUGACGGAAAAUGUGGCCCCUGGUUUGCCACCCUGGCAGACUCCUGUGCCAGCAGUCUCCUACACUCCAGGCACCAGGACUGACCUGCCUCAGCUACUGCACCAGCGUGCACUUGAGACCAUCGCCAGACUGUCCUCGUCCCUCCGUGUGGCUCAUCACCUCUACACUGACGGCUCCCUGCAGGGGGACGGCAGUGCUGGCUGUGCUGUUUUCUCCCCCAGCCUGGAGCCACCUCGAGAGGGCUGGACAGGGCGCCGCCUCCCAAACACUUCCAGUUCUACGUCGGCAUAUCAACACCUCGUCACACGACUCCUCCGCCAGCUGGCCACCGCCCACGCGAGUUCCCUGGUAGUUCACUUUCUGUGGAUCCCCUCCCACAUUGGCCUCCGAGUCAACGACACUGCUGACCGUCUUACCAGGGCUGCUUGCGAUCUGGACCCACCAGCUGCUGAUGCUCCUGCUGCCUCACUCCUGUGCUACAGGAAGAUGGUUCGACAGGCCGCCCGUUCCCCCACCCACCGUCGUCGCAAUGCUGAGAGGGCCACCAGCGCAUCGAUUCCACACUAUGACCACUUCCUCCUUCAUCAACACCCGUAUCGUCGCAGUGGUCUUCAUGUUCGUCGCCACAAUGUGGUGUGUGCGCUCCUCAGGCUUGGCUGGAGACCAGUCUGGCAGGUGGCUGAGGCGGAGGACGCGCCUCACUUCUCCUCCUGUAGGCUGUGCGACACGCCCGGUGCCAACACACUGGACCAUUAUUGCCUGCGAUGUCCACUACUUGCAGACUUACUCCCGCGGGGACUCACAUUGAUUGACACGUGUCAACAGUUGUUGUCAGAUGGAAAUCUGUUAGACUUGAUUAUCAUGCGCCAUCAACACUUUGGUGGAUGUUAA